AGCAAAGUCUAUCGCAUUUUCGGAUUGCACCGGGUCCGGAACCUUCUCCACCAACUCGCUGCUCACAAAAAACCAUGGCUUUCGCUAACGCGUUCUACAAUACCAUCGCGAAGCGCAACAGCGUCUUCGUCACCUCCAUUUUUGCUGGAGCCUUUGCGUUCAACGUAGGCUUUGACGUCGCUGUGACCAAUUUCUGGGACCGUUGGAACCAGGGGAAACAAUGGAAGGACAUUCGUUCGAGAUACGUCGAGGCAUCAGACUCAUAGCUUCGCCCAAGUUGGCCAGGGACCUACUUGCAUAAUGAUUAUAUUCCUCAAUAGACUUCUUCCCGGAAUUGAGCUGUCGGCGUGUUCUAGAACUUCACCUCGUGUGAUUUCACCGUGAAAGUUCGGUGUUGAUGCGCUGCGUAUCUGCUUCCAUUUUUUCUGUACAGGCGGUAUUCUGGCGACUUGAUACGUACGAAAUGCCACCGUCUACUAAUUAAACAUCUUCCUGAGCUUCA